UUCGCCGUGGGCCGGGGAGACAUCCCGGCUGCUGACCCGUGCGCGGCGGGCCCCGUAGGUCGCCAUGCAGCGGCUGCUCGGUCCUCCCUUGAAGGCCCUGAUGGGCAGCCGCGGUCUCCCGCUGCUGUCUCCCAGGGCCGCGCCUGGAGCGCAGUGUGGCUGCAGCUGUGGCAUGAGGCUCCCUUGGAAGCCAGGGCGAUACAGUACCAUCUCCCAAGUAGCCUUGCCAUCUGGAAGGGGUGGAGUGUCCCUCGCCUCGAAGGCUGCUGAGCGAGUGGUGGGCCGCUGGCUCCUGGUCUGCAGUGGGACGGUGGCUGGAGCAGUCAUCCUCGGUGGUGUGACAAGGCUAACAGAGUCUGGCCUCUCUAUGGUAGACUGGCAUUUAAUAAAGGAAAUGAAGCCACCUACAAGCCAGGAAGAGUGGGAAGAAGAAUUCCAAAAAUACCAGCAAUUUCCAGAAUUUAAAAUCCUCAAUCAUAACAUGACGCUAGCAGAAUUCAAGUUCAUCUGGUACAUGGAGUACUCGCAUCGAAUGUGGGGUCGCAUGGUAGGCCUUGCAUACAUUCUGCCCGCUGCCUACUUUUGGAAAAAGGGCUGGCUCAGCCGUGGCAUGAAGGGACGUGUUCUUGCCCUCUGUGGCUUAGUCUGCUUCCAGGGUCUGUUGGGAUGGUAUAUGGUGAAAAGUGGAUUAGAAGAAAAACCUGACUCCUAUGACAUCCCUCGGGUUAGCCAGUACCGCCUCGCUGCCCACCUGGGGUCAGCCCUUGUUUUGUAUUGUGCCAGCCUGUGGACCUCACUGUCACUGCUGCUUCCUCAACACAAGUUGCCUGAAACCCGUCAACUCCUGCAGUUGAGGCGAUUCGCUCAUGGAACGGCAGGUUUAGUGUUCCUCACGGCUCUCUCAGGAGCUUUUGUGGCAGGGCUUGAUGCUGGACUUGUUUACAACUCCUUCCCCAAAAUGGGAGACUCCUGGAUCCCAGAAGACCUCUUCACCUUUUCCCCCAUCCUGAGGAAUGUCUUUGAGAAUCCCACCAUGGUGCAGUUUGACCACCGAGUUCUGGCAGGCAUUGUGAGGGGUCUUUCUUCCCCACAGGGGAUCACUUCAGUCACUGCCAUUACAGUGCUCUACUUCCUGUCGCGGAGAGUGCCCCUGCCCCGAAGGACCCGGAUGGCAGCAGUGACCCUGCUGGCUUUGGCAUAUACACAGGUGGGUUUGGGCAUUAGCACUCUGCUGAUGUAUGUCCCAACUGCACUGGCUGCCACUCACCAGUCGGGCUCCUUGGCUCUUCUCAGUGGUGCCCUUUGGCUCAUGAACGAACUCCGAAGAGUCCCAAAGUAAUCCACAGAGGAUCAGCUUCUCAGGACGGAGACAGACAUUUUCCAUCUAUUGUGGCUCACUCCCCAAGUACCUGUAACAGGCAGAACUGGACAGGCUACAGUCAGAACCCAGAACCCAAUCCCCAUGGGUGGCACAGACCAGAGCACCUGGCCAUCAUCUGUUGCCUCUCAGGCUGCACCUCAGCAGGAAGCUGGACUCAAAGUGGAGUUGCAGCACUUGAACUUGGACCAAGCAGUGCUCUAACUGCUACAUCACAUGUUGUUUUAAUUCAGUGAUUUGGAGUAAAACAUCGAAUGUAAAGAUGCAGGAAUCCAGCAUUACUAACAAUAGAUGACAGAGGGACAGAGGCAGCUCAGAACGGCUCCAAGUGCUCCUUGGCUCAUGAAGGUUAAUAAUUUCCUCGGACUGAAAUUGCUCUGACAGUUCACCAGAGAGCACAAGCAUGGGUUGUGAAAUUAAGCAAAUUAUAUAGAGUUAACAUCCUCAUUUGAAUAAAGUAAUUUAUAGAAGUUUGGAUAAAGAGGCUUGGCGUUAUAUUUCAUGUAAAAAAAGACUUAAGGGAUUUCAGCUGGCUUUGGAUUUAAAUAACAAAACAAAUCAGUGUGUUUCCAGUGCUGUCAGAAUAUCACUAAGGUGCAGCAUUCUCACUCGAUAACAGAGGCAGGACAUCUCCCGUUACAUAAGUGUCCAGAGGAAGAGGCCAGAACCACUAUCACACAAGGAAUGGCCCAAGGAGUUAGUGGGUUUUUUACUGAUGAGAACAGCUCCAGAGAGCAAAAGUCCCACCCUUGAAAAGCAGCAGGAGAGUGAGUUUCCUUUGUGCUGCAAAGUGAUAGGUCAAGGUUGCCAAAAAGUAGCUUUCCUAUUUGUAGAAGCAUUGGGGAGGGUGUGGAGGGCAAGUGUCCCAGUGAAGGAGCUAAGCUAUCAAUGAGCUCAUCCUUUGCUGCUUUGCAAGUCUAGGUAUCAAAGUUUUUAUGUAAAUGCUCAGGUAAGCAUAAGCAAGUAAGGUCAAGCUUUUACAAAUGUUAGGUAGUCUUCACAGAUCUGGGAACUGUGUAUGAUCUAAAAAUUGCCGAUUUAGCAAUUCAGAACUGUUGAACUAUUGAAACCAGCUGAGCAGUG